UGAAGCCUUUACUCGGCAGUCGGAGGCAUUGAGAUUGUCAAAAUCGGUGAGACCCCAAAUGACAAUCGGACAGCAUCUCACUAUAGCGAGCCCGAUGUCAGCUUGACGUUUCCAUACUGAGACGCUGUCUUCGGCUGCCUCCUCCAUACUGAGCAAGCAUUGUCUUACUCAUCGGCAUGAUGUCAUAUCACACACAAAUUGAUAGCGAGCCAUUGUUGCAGCCAUAUCUUGUAAUUGAAGCGAUUUGUGAUUAAAAAUAGUUUUGUCGUCGUUGUUUUCGUGGAAAUCACUAUGAAUAAAAGUUUCUCGAAGCGUAUCAAAUAUAAUUCUUACUUGUAUCGCCACCGUGAUCGUUUGGAACAUGAAAACCAGAUAGAUGACGGUGCCGGCCCUAGUGGAACUUCCAAUGUAGCUGAACAAGGUAUGAAUUCUUCACAAGGCAGUGAUGCACUUGCACAGGAUAAUAUCGUCGGUGAAACUUUCUACGAAGGGGAAGCUGCUUAUCUAUCAGAAGCUGAUGAUGAUGUAAUCGACUAUUUAAUGGAAAGUUCGGAUGAUGAUAUAGAUCCAGCAGCAUCAGAUGACCCAUUCUCUGCUGAAGAUGCUUUGCGUCAAUGGGCAAUAUCCACAAACCAAACAUACGACUCGAUUGCCCAAGUGAUGGAUAUAGUUCGAAAAGUGAGUUCCUGUAACCUACCUAAAGACGCUAGAACCCUACUAAAAAUCAAUCGAAAUAUUUCGGCUGAUAUCCUGACGGUAGAAGGUGGUCAGUACUGGUAUUAUGGAGUGCAGAAAUGUCUCACGAACAAGCUAAGUUAUACAUCUCUGAAUUCGGACACCACACUCUUGCUUAAUGUAUCCAUCGAUGGUUUACCGAUAUUUAAAAGCAAUAAUUUACAAUUCUGGCCGAUUUUAAUAAAUAUUCAUAACAUGCCAGAAAUUCCUGUUAUGAUUGUUUCAAUUUACAGCGGAACAAAGAAACCUAGCAUCGAAUAUUUUUUAAAGCAGUUCAUCGAAGAAAUAAACCUAUUAACUAGCAAUGGGGUACAAAUCAACGGCGUGAGAGUUGAUGUAGUGGUACGCGCCAUAAUUGCCGAUUCACCAGCACGGGCGUUUAUAAAAGGUGUCGCCAACUUCAAUUCAUUUGAUGGUUGUUUGAAAUGCACUACCAAAGGUGUCAAAAUGCAAGGAAGAACAACUUUCCUUGAUUGUAGCGCACCAAAAAGAACCGAUAGACAUUUUAGAAAGCGGAAGUAUGGUGGUCAUCAUAAACUUAACUCGCCACUACUUUUGUUAAAUAAUUUUGAUCUUGUGAAGCAAAUAAUAGUUUGUGAUCAACUACAUUUGAUAGAUCUUGGUGUCACCAAACGGAUAUUGAUCGGCUUGUUGUUUGGUAAAUUUGGGUUUAAAAAAAAAUUGUCGUUUGCUGAAAUAACGACAAUAUCUGGUAUGCUAAUGACAAUCCAAUUGCCAAUAGAAAUCCAUAGAAAAUUUCGAUCGUUACACGAUGUGAAUCACUGGAAAGGCUCAGAGUUUUCAUCAUUUUUAUACUAUGCAAGUUUUUCGGUGUUGAAAAACAUCAUGAGUGAUGAACAGCACAAACAUUAUAUGUUGUAUUUCUGUAGUAUAACAUUAUUCUCCUCGAACAUCUACAAAGAACAUUGGCCGCUUGCUAAUAAUUUAAUUACUCUUUUUGUAAAAAAGUAUGUUGAUGUUUACGGACCACAGUUUAUCUCGAGCAACGUUCACAAUCUUACACACAUAUUCGAAGAAGUAGAUGAAUUUGGUCCACUGCGGACGUUAUCUUCUUAUAUAUUCGAAAAUGCUCUACAACACAUAAAAAAUUUGUUGCGUAACGGAUGGAAGAGUUUGGAACAAGUUAUUAAUAGAAUUGCAGAACAAGAAGCGUAUUAUGUCCAUAAAAAAGAUGAUAUUUCAAGUUAUCCAUCUAUUAAACAGAGAGGUAACAUUACCACUCUCCAUGUUCGCAAAGGAUUUUGCUUGAAACCUGGACACCGAGAUGGGUGGUUUUUAACCAAAUCUGGAAAUGUUUGCCAGUACAUUAAUGUAGUUGCACAGGAAAAUGUAACAAGCCUAAAAAUAAUCGCCAGAAAAUUAAGCAACUCUACUCAUUGCUUUGAUUAUCCCUUUACAUCUAAGCUGAUUAAUAUGCACCGUGGAAAUCUCCGUAGCUUUGAGGAAACAGAAGUACAAAUUGAUUUACAAGAUGUGAAAUGUAAAUUGGUAGCUGUUCCUCUCCCAAAAGACAACGAAUUCGAUUUUGUUCCGUUAGUUCAUACGUUAAUUGAAUAA